AUGCCAGGGAAUCUGCUUCAUCUACGUCUACCUCUUCAGGACCAAACCAACAAAGUCCGGCCCACCCAGACGCGAAAGGCUGAGAUUCCAGUUUCACGACUGACGGUGACAGAACCUCCCAAACUGCUCGAUGGAUAUCAAGAGCUCACUCCGUCAAUCUUUGAAGAAUCGUUCACAACGACCCCUAAGAGACGCGGAAACAAGACGGUCAAGCAGGCGAUUCGGGUGCCUCAACUACGCUCUUGCUCCUCUGCGCCAAUUCUCGAGAAGGAUGCUAGCGACGAUUCGCCUCAAACUGUGUUUCUAUUUGAUGAUGCAGACGCUCUGUCCGCGUUGAACGAAAGUCGGAAACGUUUUUUGGAGACGCCAGAUGGCCAAAUAAAAAACAAAGAUGGAUUUUGUCAAGAAACUGAUUGGUCCGACUCUCCAAAUUCCGUGGUCAUUAGCGGUUGCACACCAGAUAAGCGUCGUCGAUUGCACAUUUCAGCAUCAACAGGGCAGCUUGAUACAGAAGUUGCCGGAAAUUUUGAUUGUCUUGUUGAGGAGCGUGAAGUGGAAUAUACUUUGCCAGUUGUGCCUGACUCGGAGUGCAAGGCAAAAUCUUCGGCGUUCAAGUACAUAUCACAGGAUACUCUUGUAAGCGAACUGGAGCAAUUGGGAGACCAAUUUGAACAAAAAUACAUCCUUGUCGAUUGUCGAUACAGCUAUGAAUAUGAAGGUGGUCAUAUCAAGUUUGCCCAUAAUUCUAAUGAGACGAGUUUGGUGACGUCGAUCUUCUUUUCUGAUGAUCCAGUUAUAUUUGGAAACAGACGAGCACGAAUCCCUAUCUUCUAUUGUGAAUUUUCUGAAGUCCGCGGCCCUAGGAUGGCAAACGAACUUAGACGGAUUGAUCGUGCACUGAACUUGGAGCGAUAUCCCUUCGUCGAGUACAAACAAAUUUUUGUGUUACACGGAGGCUACCGUGGAUUUUAUGGUCAAGAACACGAACACGUGAUGAAGACUCGAAAAUUUUGUACGCCUAUGUCUUACGUCCCAAUGAAUCACCCAGAGCAUGUGAACAAAUUACGAGAACUGUCUGCUCAUCGCAAGCGCUUGGACAAAGGCCGACGGCAGGGAAGAGUACAUCCAAAAGUGCGGACUCAGGAACGCUUGUUGAUUCAAGGGCCCGUUUUUGAUGCUGAUGAAAUUGAAGAUCGCCAU